AUGGCUGGCUUACCUUCGCAUCUCUUUGUCGUCAGGCAUGGAAAUCGCUUGGACGCUGCCGACAAGAGGUGGCACCUAUCAUCACCGACUCCGUACGACCCUCCUCUGACAUACGGCGGCUGGCUUCAAGCCAGGCAAGUCGGUGUGCAAAUCAGCAACUACCUCGAACAAGCCAAGAACGACGCCCAACAAGCCAAGGGCGCCUCAUCCUCCCAAGAGUCCCGCCGCAAGCGCUUCCGAGUCGUCAUUCACAGUUCCCCCUUCCUAAGAUGUGUCCAGACCUCGAUCGCCAUAAGCUCUGGCUUGGCCCAGUCAUCACCCGACUCUGCUGGGCAGCCAGCUGAUCUGCUCCUCCCUGUACCGACACCGGCCGGCAAAACCAAGAACAACUUUCGCUCUUCGAUACUGCGCCUUGACUCGUUUCUGGGCGAAUGGCUGUCACCAGAAUAUUUCGAGAAUAUCACCCCCCCUCCAAGCUCUAGCUUGAUGCUGGGCACCGCCAAGGCUGAUCUGCUCAAGCGCGAGGAUUACAGCAUAUACACAGACUUCUCGAAUACGGCUUCCGCCCAGCAGCAACCAACGCCUAGAAAGUCUUCGUUGUGGAACGGGUCGCCGGAUCGCACACCUUCUCCCUCGUCACAAGGACCCUUUUCGGCUCCGGGAGCGUCUGUUGCCUUGCCUGGCGAUGCCGGCAACAACAAAGGCUACAACGCCCCUCGAGCAACAUAUGCAGUGUCUAGCGCGGGCAAGAUCCCUGAUGGCUUUGUAGCACAUGCACGUGAUCAGUGCCUCGCGGUUGAUUAUCAAUGGGACUCCAUGAGGGAGUCGCUAGGCUUUGGCGACGGAGGGAAUUUGGGCGAGGAAUGGACCACGAUGCACCGGCGCUUCAGGGGCGGAUUGAAGAGAAUGCUUGACUUUUAUGCCAACACAGACUCUCCAGAGCGACUGGUCUCAACUUCCGCGAAUGGGGAGAAAGACAUACCGACUACCGACGAGGAUGUUGAGACGGUGGUCAUCAUGGUAUCGCACGGCGCGGGCUGCAAUGCAUUGAUCGGAGCCAUCACCCACCAGCCCGUACUCAUGGAUGUGGGGAUUGCGUCCAUCACAAUGGCUUCCCGAAAGGAGAACCUCAACUACGCACAGCUACACCACGACACGGCCACACAGCAACCUGAGGAUCCGCUCGUCCCCGUGGAUCGCAUGUACGACAUCAGGCUGUCGGCAAGCACCGAACACCUUCACUCGACCAUGUCGACGCCCGUAUCCGCAAGGUCAGGGAGCAUCGGAACCACGUGGAGUACGGGAAGCACUCCGGGCAAUCGGGGGCGGACAUCAACAUUGGGAACAAUGGUCGGACCCAGUCUUGGGGCUUUCACUUAUAAUAACGACCCCUUGUCGGCAGCCGGCAGCCGCAGCUCAUCUGCCAAUGCCGCUGUCGUGGGCACAUCAGUGCGCAGAGACUCGGGCCCGUCCAAGACAACUCCCAGGCAGUCUGCCAUGGCCUCUGUGAGCAGCAUCUCCUCAGCCUCAGGCGGCAAUGGAACCCCUAGUGGGCCGCCUUCACCAUCAGCUGGGUCUCCAUCCGUGGGACUGUGGACGCCGACGCCAUCCUCUCUACGAAUGAUGGACGAUGGCUCGAACCAAACCACGGAGGACGAGUUUAAGUUCCCCAACUUUGAUGGCAUGCGACUGGAUGGACCGUCAUCUUCGGUACCUCCGGCAUCAACGCAAAGCCCAGCUAGUGAGGUUCCUGCGUUGCAGAAGCCUAGGGGGCCUAGGUUGGCGGGCCCCAUCAAGCUCCAGACGAAUUGGGAGGAUGCGCCCCCGGCACCGGCGGCUGAAGAAGUACCUAGAGGGCUCUGGGGUCAGCCGAUGCCCCCCGAGGUGGACACAAAUCAGGGUCCGAAGAUCUCGAAGCGGCGGUGGACAGUCAAUGAGCGUACGAGGUGA